AUGGUGGCUUCCUUGAAAUGGCGGCUCACUACACCAAGUGGUCGAGCAGUAACUCGACUAUCUUAUCUUCCUUGGUCUAGUGGUCAUGAUUUCCGCUUGUCAUUAAAACCGAUAAGCGCGGGAGACCGGGGUUCGAUUCCCCGAGGGAGAGUUCUUUUUGCUAAUUUCUUUUUGCAUCUCUCCUGGAGCUAUCCUUGUUGGUCGAUGGGGGGUGUGGCCAAAAAGAACAGGGACUCUGAAAACAAGACUGAAAAUUUGGUCGAAAAGUGA